CUUUAGUGUAGACUCUCUACUUGAGAAUGCUCGAUUUUUAGGUGGAGGAAAGCCUAGAUUCAAAGAAUUAUAUGCUUCUCAUGCGUCUGAGUAUGAUAUCUCCUUUGAAAAGUAUGUAGAGAUCAAAGAAGAUGUCUCCAAGAUGGUAGAUUUCUCCGAGCGUAUCCCAACCGUCAGAGGGCCUAGGACAGCCGUCUUCUGGGACGCCGUGGAUUGCCCUUUCCCUCCUUCUUCCUCUCCUGAUGCGAUCUACCACUCUAUCUCAUCAGCUCUUGCUGAAAGGUGUUUUAGUGAUAAUAUUACUAUCUGGGCCUAUCUUGAUGAUGCUGACAAGAAAGGGUCUGCCUUACUGGGUGGUGACAAGACGUGGGCUUCCAGAAUCUACUUUCUUCCCGGAGGGGAUAAAGCCUCGAGACGUAUCAGAAUGUUAAAUGACAUGUUUUUAUGGGCAAGGGACUCUCCUCGGGGCAUGCGUUAUGAAGCUAGUUUGGUCCUGUUCGCAGAUCAGUUCAUAGGUGCCCGCGGCUACUACACCGAUAUGCUUCGACGAUUGGAUGCCAUGCAUUACGAUUUUCUCUUUGUCACGCCGACUCUGGACAUCAACAACCCCGAAAGCCCUCAGUGGCCUGGAUUGCUUAUAGAUAGAGGCGCAUCCUAUUUUGCUUUUGAAGACCCUCCUAGCCCCAAAAUGCAUGAAGCCCAUGCCGCCGCUGAAGAAGAAAAUCUUAACACGCAUGGCAAACUUCUCUUGGAUCCUAGCUCUCUGAACAUGAACAAACAAAAAAGCUCUGAAUGUCCAGGACGGCAAAUAGAUGGAGGAUCAGGCUGGGGAAGCUCUGUAGAACCUUAUCUCAAAAAGCAUAAAGCCGAUGCGGCCGAAGAAACAUCUGAUGUGGCCGAAGAAACACCUUAGCGGUUGGGACUAGCUAGCUUCUGUUGUUCGUAGCCCCGUGGAUGUUUAUUUAAGAUUUUAUUUAUCAGUAUUUAAGUUUUUGUUUAUCAAAAGCUCUGCUAUAUUUAAAUUUGUACUUGUAUUUUGAACUUCAAACUCUUUUGUAGUAAUUUUAUGACUUCUCUUUUUAUUCAUGCAAUCUUUGGUUUUU